AUGGCUAGUAAAUUCGAAAGAGGUAAUGGAAAUUUCUUGAGUCUCGUUGAAAUGUUGGAAGAGUUUGAUCCGAUUAUCAAAGAGCAUGUGCGGCGGAUCACUAGUGAAAAUAUUCAUGUGCAUUAUCUUGGACACAAGAUCCAAAAUGAGAUAAUAGUUAUGCUUGCUGAUGAAAUUAAAAAAGAACUCAUCAAGAAUAUAAAAGAAGCAAAGUACUACUCAAUCAUACUAGAUUGUACUCCUGAUUCAAGUCACCAAGAACAAAUGACUAUAAUAGUGAGGUAUGUAAAGUUCUCAUCUAAUUCUAUUAUUGUUGAGGAGUCAUUUUUGGGGUUUUUAAAUGCUAAUGAUACCACUGGGAAAGGACUAUUUGAUGUUACUUAUGCGGAGUUACAAUAUCUUGGUCUUGAAAUUGAUGACAUGCGUGGCAAAGGCUAUGACAAUGGGGCAAAUAUGAAAGGUCUAAAGUCAUUGUCUCAAACUUGUUGGGAAAGUCGUUUUGAGAGUGUUAAGGCAAUCAAAUUGCAACUUGAUGAUGUGCGGGAAGCUUUGCUUGAAGUUGGUGAGACAAAUAGUGAUGCUGCAAUUGUAGAGGAAGCAUUAGCUUUAGCAGAAAAUCAACUUAGUGGAUUUGAUUUUUUGGUAUCAACUGUCAUUUGGCAUGAAAUGUUAAACCGGGUGAAUAUUGUGAGCAAAAAAUUACAAGCAAAGGAUAUGCAUCUUGAAAUUGCUAUUCAAGAAAUAAACAAUUUGAUUGAGUACUAUAAGGAUUAUAGAGAAACAGGUUUUCCUAAAGCGAUUGAUGAAGCUACAAAGAUUGCUAGUGAAAUGGAAAUUGAUCCCAUAUUUAAAGAAAAACGUAAGAUUAAAAGAAAAAAAAGAAAAGAUGAGACUUCUAGUAGCGAAGAAAUUGCAUUUACAGUAGAAGAGAAUUUCAGAGUAAACUUUUUCUUAUAUAUUGUGGAUCAAGCUAUUGCUUCUUUAGAGAAAAGUUUUGAACAAUUUAAAUGGUACGAGGGUUUAUUUGGUUUUUUUGUUUCCACGUACGUUGAGGAUUAUUAA